AAAAAAAAGAAAGAAAGAAAGAAAAAAAGGCACAAAAAAGUGGAAACUUUUUUCCCUGUCCAUUCCAUCAAGUCCUGAAAAAUCAAAAUGGAUUUAGAGAAAAAUUAUCCGACUCCUCGGACCAGCAGGACAGGACAUGGAGGAGUGAAUCAGCUUGGGGGGGUUUUUGUGAAUGGACGGCCACUCCCGGAUGUAGUCCGCCAGAGGAUAGUGGAACUUGCUCAUCAAGGUGUCAGGCCCUGCGACAUCUCCAGGCAGCUUCGGGUCAGCCAUGGUUGUGUCAGCAAAAUUCUUGGCAGGUAUUAUGAGACAGGAAGCAUCAAGCCUGGGGUAAUUGGAGGAUCCAAACCAAAGGUCGCCACACCCAAAGUAGUGGAAAAAAUCGCUGAGUAUAAACGCCAAAAUCCCACCAUGUUUGCCUGGGAGAUCAGGGACCGGCUGCUGGCAGAGCGAGUGUGUGACAAUGACACCGUGCCUAGCGUCAGUUCCAUCAACAGGAUCAUCCGGACAAAAGUACAGCAGCCACCCAACCAACCAGUCCCAGCUUCCAGUCACAGCAUAGUGUCCACUGGCUCCGUGACGCAGGUGUCCUCGGUGAGCACGGAUUCGGCCGGCUCGUCGUACUCCAUCAGCGGCAUCCUGGGCAUCACGUCCCCCAGCGCCGACACCAACAAGCGCAAGAGAGACGAAGGUAUUCAGGAGUCUCCAGUGCCGAACGGCCACUCACUUCCGGGCAGAGAUUUCCUCCGGAAGCAGAUGCGGGGAGACUUGUUCACACAGCAGCAGCUGGAGGUGCUGGACCGCGUGUUUGAGAGGCAGCACUACUCAGACAUCUUCACCACCACAGAGCCCAUCAAGCCCGAGCAGACCACAGAGUAUUCAGCCAUGGCCUCGCUGGCUGGUGGGCUGGACGACAUGAAGGCCAAUCUGGCCAGCCCCACCCCUGCUGACAUCGGGAGCAGUGUGCCAGGCCCGCAGUCCUACCCCAUUGUGACAGGCCGUGACUUGGCGAGCACGACCCUCCCCGGGUACCCUCCACACGUCCCCCCAGCUGGACAGGGCAGCUACUCAGCGCCGACGCUGACAGGGAUGGUGCCUGGGAGUGAGUUUUCCGGGAGUCCCUACAGCCACCCUCAGUAUUCCUCGUACAACGACUCCUGGAGGUUCCCCAACCCGGGGCUGCUUGGCUCCCCCUACUAUUAUAGCGCUGCCACCCGAGGAGCUGCCCCACCUGCAGCCGCCACUGCCUAUGACCGUCACUGACCCUUGGAGCCAGGCGGGCACUAAACACUGAUGGCACAUAUCGUUGAGGGUGACAGCCACCCAGCCCUCCUGAAGAUAGCCAGAGGAGCCCAUGAGACUAUCCCCCAGCACCCCCUACUUGCCUGAAGCUCCCCUCCUCCUCUCUUCCUCCAGGGACUCUGGGGCCCUAUGGUGGGGCCGUUGGACUUCUGGAUCCUUGUCCAUUUCUAAAAGCCAAUCUAUGAGCUUCUCCUGAUGGCCACUGGGUCUCUGCAAACCAAUAGACUGUUCUGCAAAUAACCACAGCCCCAGCCCAGACUGCCAGUCCCCCAGCUGUCUAACUAUCCAUCCAUCGUAACCACCCCAGCCUGGGAAGGAGAGCUUGCUUUUGUUGCUUCAGCAGCACCCAUGUAAAUACCUUCUUGCUUUUCUGUGGGCCUGAAGGUCCGACUGAGAAGACUGCUCCACCCAUGAUGCAUCUUGCACUCCUGGUGCGUCACCGGACAUCUUAGACCUGUGGCAGAGCAUCCUCUCUGCCCUGGGUGACCCUGGCAGGUGGGCUCGGAGCUGUCCUCGAGACGGAGGAUGCCGCCCUUGGGCCCCAGCCUGCUGCUCAUCCCUCCUUCUCUAGUAUCUUCACGAGCAGUCUCACUGGGCUGGUUGUGCUGCAGGCUCCCCCGAGGCCCCUCUCUAAGAGGAGCACACUUUGGGGAGAUGCCCUGGUUUCCUGCCUCCAUUUCUCUGGGACCGAUGCAGUAUGAGCAGCUCUUUUCCAGAUCAAAGAACUCAAAGAAAACUGUCUGGGCGAUUCCUCAGCUACUUUUCCGAAGCAGAAUGUCAUCCGAGGUAUUGAUUACAUUGUGGACUUUGAAUGUGAGGGCUGGAUGGGAUGCAGGAGAUCAUCUGAUCCCAGCCAAGGAGGGGUCUGAGGCUCUCCCUACUCCCUCAGCCCCUGGAACUGUGUUUUCUGAGGCAUGCCCAGCUUCAGGUCACUUUGGACACCUGCCACGGACACUUCACCCACCCUCCAGGACCCCAGCAAGUGGAUUCUGGGCAAGCCUGUUCCGGUGAUGUAGACAAUAAUUAACACAGAGGACUUUCCCCCACACCUAGAUCACAAACGGCCUACAGCCAGAACUUCUGAGCAUCCUCUUGGGGCAGACCCUCCCUGUCCUCAUGGAGCUUAGCAGGCAGCUGGGCGUGGAGGUGCUGGGGCUGGGGCAGAUGCCUAAUUUCGCACAACGCAUGCCCACUUGUUGAUCUAAGGGGCCGCGAUGGUCAGGGCCAUGGCCAAGGGCCACGGGAACUUGGAGAGGGAGCUUGGAGAACUCACUGUGGGCUAGGGUGGUCAGAGGAAGCCAGCCGGGAAGAUCUGGGGGACAGAGGAGGGCCUCCUGGGGCAGGGGCAGGAGAGCUGCUGUGUGACCUGGGAGUGAUUUUGACAUGGGAGUGCCAGGUGCCAUCAUCUCUUUACCUGGGGCCUUAAUUCCUUGCAUAGUCUCUCUUGUCAACUCACAACAGCCAGGUAGAGCCCUUGUCCAAACCUGGGCUGAAUGACAGUGAUGAGAGGAGGCUUGGCCUUCUUAGGUGACAGUGUCCUCCAUAUCUGUAUGUCACCAGGAUGGCAGAGAGCCAGGGCAGAGAGAGACUGGACUUGGGAUCAGCAGGCCAGGCAGGUCUUGUCCUGGUCCUGGCUACAUGUCUUUGCUGUGGGACCUCAGACAAAACCCUGCACCUCUUUGAGCCUUGGCGUCACCUGUAGGGCCACCCCACAGCUCUUUCCUUCCCCUCUUCUCUCCAGGGAGCUGGGGCUGUGACAGGAUCAUCUGGGGCAGGCCCUCUACUUCCAAGCAAGCAGAUGGGGGAGGGCACCUGAGGCUCACUAAUAUUUGGACCAAGUGGGAAACAGGAACACCCAGAGGGGCGGGAAUCAGAAGAGCCUGGAAAAAGACCUAGCCCAACUUCCCUUGUGGGAAACUGAGGCUGAGCUUGGAGAAGGCCAGGACCAUGCAGGGA